AUAUUUGAUAUAUAAUUACAUAUAAAUAAUUUUUGUUUAGGAUAUCGUUUUUCUGCCAUUGAAAUGACGUACGCAGAACGAGAUGACGAUUUAAUGAAAUCGAGAAGUGUCACUGUGCUAAUACUUUAAAACAGAUCUACUAUGUGCGCACGUGAAGCUACGGUCGUUUCAGUUAUUCGAUUCCUAAUCGAGACAUGCGCGCGCGCGCUCUUACGCGUCAGAUUUCGUAAUUAAAGCGUAGUAGUAGUAAGAAUUUACGUCACGAUGUACACCCACUUUUUCUCGCGCUGCGAUUGGCUCGUCGUAAAUGAUCAGUCGAGGACGAAUCCACCAGGGCCGACAAACAAGAUUGUUUUUCAUUCGUGACUACUUCCUGAUGCGUCGUAGCGUCGAUGUCAAUGGCGCGAUUAUCGCCCACACAUAUUUACCUAUUUUACUUUAAUAUAUUAUCCGAGAAGCCUAAGGCCAAUAUUUAAUUUGUAUAUUUGAGAUUGUCCUAAGUACAGUCUUAAGGUAUCAUAAAUUAAUCAUAAAUUAAUCUGUGCCGUAUCUUAAGACGGUUUGGAAACAUAAGGAUUACAUGAAUAGCUUGAGAUAAAGCUUUUAUGCUCUGCAUAUACAAAGAUUAUGUGUUCUAAAAAUUUUUUUUUGUGAGUAAUGUUUUCCUAAGACUUUUUCAGAAAGAUAAAAUGUCUUUUCUAAUCCCUUAUAAAAGGGAGUAUUCGAACAAAACUGGCAGUUCCUCAAAAUCUCAGUGCACUGUACACACGACAUAUUAAAUGGUUAGUGUCAAGUCCAACAAGCGAAAUAUCAGUGGCUGUGCUAUAAUUAAUUAAGUGCAUAUUUAUUUUUGAUUGUUGAUUGUUCGAAAAGACAAUCCGAAAGAUUAACGGGAAGAAAGAGGGGAUUGAUAAUUCGACAAUCGGAUUUAUUUGAGAAAAUAAAAUAGCUUAUAAAAGCGAUAGGGUCAUAGGGAUUUGGCCAUAGUCUCGUUGCAAUCACCAUGAAGUACGUUUACGUUAUUCUGAUAGUUAUCCCUUUGGCUUCGGCCGAGAUAGAAAUUCCGAAUAUCGUCAACCAAGAAUCGUUCGUUAACAUAAAUAAUCUUGUGGAUCGUUUUAUUCCUGAAAUUUCGCAAUUUAUUAUCAAAAAUAACUUGGACCCGCUCACUCUCCCAUCAACUCAGAUAAAAUUAUGGAAUACUUUGGCACAUCGAAACAUUUUGAACCAAUCCCAGCCAAUGAUAUACAAAGCCGACCUCGUUUUACACUCCGGAAUAUUGACAUAUUUGUCCAAUUUGAAGCGUUAUGGCGACGCUCUCUUAAAUUACGAGGACAAAGCAUUAAAACUGAAUGUUAGCUUCGAAUUUGAACUUUUAAAGGGAUCGUACAAUUACAUCGUAAAACUAGUCUUUUUCAAUUUGGAUGGCCGCAUUUUAGCUGCAGCGGAAAAUGUGCGCGUUAAAAUUAAUAUUUCAUUCGAUGCAAUAAAUUCCAUUUUAUCUCUCGACGAUUUUGAAUUACAAAUUCCAGGUGAUAUUAAAAUCACCAUCGAAAAUAAGAACGGACUGGUGGAAUGGCUGAACACAGCCCUAAUCAAUCUCGCAACUCCGUUCAUUAAAAAUACCCUUACGAAUGUCGUUCAGCAGGAAGCGUCGAAUGCAAUUCGAACUUCUCUAGAUAAAAUAAAUCAUGUAAUCUCUCAAAGCGAUUAGCUAUUUUCAAAAAUUACGGAAAACGAUCGUUGAUUUUCUAAUACGAAUAUAAUUUUCGAUUAUAUAAGUUUUGAAUAUAAUUUUAUAUCCUACGUUUAUAAAUACAUUAUAUAUUUUUUU